CCUUGGGCAUGCUGUAAUGAUAUCCUUGGGCAUGCUGUAAUGAUAUCCUUGGGCAUGCUGUAAUGAUAUCAUUGGGCUGCUGUAGUCUUCUAAUCCGGUGGAGAAGUUGUCCCUCAGCUACUUGAUGAAAUCUUCCAAAUCGGCCUUGUCCAACUGCCUGUCGUUUCUUCAGUGUGCUGAAGUGCAGUAGCCUUCCAGAGGACAAGUCCAAAUCCAACAACUCAAGCUUCCUAGUAAAGGCCUCAAGUCCACAACUGUUUUCCCUCUUCCUUGUAACUGCAGAUGUAACCCGUUUAAGUUACUGAGUGUCGACAAAAAAGCAAUAUCUGAGAGGAUUUCCUCAAUUUCCAGAAUACGAAGGUGGUCAGCUGCUGCCCUCAUUUAACUUUUUCUGACAAAAUCCACAACCUGGUCAUGCAGCUCACAGAAUGGCUCUAGAGCUUUUCCUUUACUCAGCCAGCGCACGUUGUUGUGAAGCAGGAGAUCAUCCUGGAUGGCCUCCUCUGAUUCUGUCACAAGCUUGUGGAAAAGACGGCGUUGUGUUGCUUGAUGUCCACCUGACAAAGGUAAUUAUGCGCAUGACUUUAUCCAUCAUAUCUUUUAGCUCAGCAUUUAGUCUGACACACAGCACACUCUGAUGGAUGAGACAAUGUAAACCAUGUUUAGUCUGGCACACAGCACACUCUGAUGGAUGAGACAAUGUAAACCAUGUUUAGUCUGGCACACAGCACACUCUGAUGGAUAAGACAAUGUAAACCAUGUUUAGUCUGGCACACAGCACACUCUGAUGGAUAAGACAAUGUAAACCACGUUUAGUCUGGCACACAGCACACUCUGAUGGAUAAGACAAUGUAAACCACGUUUAGUCUGGCACACAGCACACUCUGAUGGAUGAGACAAUGUAAACCACGUUUAGUCUGACACACAGCACACUCUGAUGGAUGAGACAAUGUAAACCAUGUUUAGUCUGACACACAGCACACUCUGAUGGAUGAGACAAUGUAAACCACGUUUAGUCUGACACACAGCACACUCUGAUGGAUGAGACAAUGUAAACCAUGUUUAGUCUGACACACAGCACACUGAUGGAUAAGACAAUGUAAACCAUGUUUAGUCUGACACACAGCACACUCUGAUGGAUGAGACAAUGUAAACCAUGUUCAGUCUGACACACAGCACACUCUGAUGGAUGAGACAAUGUAAACCAUGUUUAGUCUGACACACAGCACACUCUGAUGGAUGAGACCAUGCCAGCCAUUCAUUUGUAGGGCGAUCUCCUUCAACCUGCUGACCAGGCCCCUAUGUCUGCCCAUCAUAGCAGGAGCCCCGUCGGAGACCACCGAGUUGACUUCUUCGAAUGACAAGCCAUGCUGUGUAGACAAUUCUUCUAGCUUUGUGAAUAGGAUGUCCCCGGUGGUGUGUCCUUCCAGGGGAACGUCCCCAGUGGUGUGUCUUUCCAGGGGAACAUCCCCAGUGGUGUGUCCUUCCAGGGGAAUCAGUGCAAGUAGCUCUUCUUUAAAGUCAUUUCCAUGAAAAUAACAGACAGAAACACACAACUGUGCUACAUCGGUGUCGUCAGUUCUCUCAUCAAUAGCCAGGGGAAAAUGCUCUACUGCCGUGUUUGUAGCUUGUAGUUAAUGCUUAACUUUUUCUGUGUCGGGCCUCUGUCAGGGGCGGGAAGUCCACUUUGAAAGUAUCAUGCUUAGAUUAAUAAUAAUAGAUAAUGCAGAAUGAGAUAUAAUUAUUUGCAAACAGUGAUACUUUCAUUGCAAACAAGACACACUGGCUUGGCAUUGGAGUAUGAUGGUAAGAUGAAUGCAUAUCUCUCUGUCUGUUUGGAGAUAGAUGGUUAGAUGAAUGCAUAUCUCUCUGUCUGUUUGGAGAUGCAGUAGAUGGUUAGAUGAAUGCAUAUCUCUCUGUCUGUUUGGAGAUAGAUGGUUAGAUGAAUGCAUAUCUCUCUGUCUGUUUGGAGAUAGAUGGUUAGAUGAAUGCAUAUCUCUCUGUCCAUAUGGAGAUAGAUGGUUAGAUGAAUGCAUAUCUCUCUGUCUGUAUGGAGAUAGAUGGUUAGAUGAAUGCAUAUCUCACUGUCCGUUUGGAGAUAGAUGGUUAGAUGAAUGCAUAUCUCUCUGUCCGUAUGAAGAUAGAUGGUUAGAUGAAUGCACAUCUCACUGUCCGUUUGGAGAUAGAUGGUUAGAUGAAUGCAUAUCUCUCUGUCCGUAUGGAGAUAGAUGGUUAGAUGAAUGCAUAUCUCUCUGUCCGUUCUUCCCUGAAACUUCGAUUUUCUUUAUCCACCUGUCUUUUGCUACUUUUUGAGAGCGACAUGUUCUCUUGCUAUCUGUCACAUCUGCUCCUGCUACGCCCUCUUGUGUUCAUCCGGUGUCUUCUUGACCUGCAGCCACUCCCCCAAUACACUCUCUCUCUCUCCCUCUCCCUCUCUGUGUAAUUGUGUGGUUGGAGACAGGUGUGCUGGAGUCAGAGCAGAUCCCCACCAGCUGCAACCCGUUCCAUAAUCAAGACCUUUACAAAUACUCAGUCCUGUCACUUCCACUCUGCCAGAUCGUAAUCUCUGCUCAGACAGUUUUUGCUUCUAGCUAUUUAUGAUUAUUCAAGAUCCUGUUACCCUGCUGUGCCUGUUUCCCUGUCUGACGCUGUUUAUCCUCUCACUGCAGUUUUGCCACUCUGAUUCUGUUUACCGUGUCUCAACCCAGCUCACUCCAACAUCAGCCUCCACAUCUGGUUUCCUACAACCCACCCGAGCUUCCUCUGGCCUGCACUCCAUCUCUCCCUGUUUGGCAAUAAAUAUUUUGGUUUAUUCAUCCAGUUUCCUGGUCUGAGUCUGCUCUUGGGUUCCCCUGUGCCGCUCCACCUAACACUAUCAAGCUAAUUGUUCUGAACGAAUGUUGACGUUAAAAAAAGUAGUGUGGACUAGAGCUGUUUUUCCGCACCUAUCAACGCACAGAGAAAUAAACAAAGAAUUAUAAUUUAAUAGAUUUUUCUGAUUUUAUUAACUUCAUCAGAUCUAAAUUAUUUUAUUGUCACUGAAUGUAUUAUGUACUAAUCAAAUGUGUUAAACUGUUGUUAAAUUUCUAGUGUAGGCCUAUUCAUUGUGCUAAUAUAUAUGCUAAUUAUGUUCUGGCCCGCCAACUUUUACUCAAAAAAAUUGUCCCGAAGCCAAACCUAGUUGACGUUUUAUAGUAUGCCAUGGCCUUUACUGGCCAACUGCUGUUAUGUUUAUGAUAUACUAUGGUGUUGUGUCACUAGACUUUGACCAGAUAUUAUUGCAUCCAAAGAUCAACUGUACCUAGAACAUAGAUACAGAGACACUUGUCAUCAGGCAGGUGCUCUCUCAGCACAACGGAAAAUAUCUCAAUGACUUGACAUGUUCUGGUUUUGAAUUCAGGCUACAAGGGGUCAGUGCUCUAAAAUGAGUCUCUCUGGGGAGAAAGAUGAGGGGGACCAAGCCUCUAAAAUUAGUCUCACUGAGGAGAGAGAGGAGGAAGGCUCUGCCUCUAAAAGGAGUGUCUCUGGGGAACAUGGCACCAAAUCUAAGAGCCCAAUCAAGCAGGAGAGACCAGCCUCCCCUGUACCCAGCUGUGUGUCCAUGAAGAGUCACCAGUCUAUGGAUCCUCCUCUAAACUUUAGAGAGGGAGACUUUUCUACUGAACAAAGCCCAAUCAAGCAGGAGAGACCAGCCUCCCCUGUACCCAGCUGUGUGUCCAUGAAGAGUCACCAGUCUAUGGGUCCUCCUCUAAACUUUAGAGAGGGAGGCUUUUCUACUGAACAAAGAAACCAACAGGAGAGAUCAGAGUCAGAGAUUCUCAGUGGUCAGUUUUCCCAGAGUCAUCAAACAGACCUAGACUACAUAUUCAGUUUGCUUGAAGAGAAUAUUAUGACAUUUGUGAAGAACGAGCUGAAGAUGUUCAAGAGGAUUCUUAGUCCAGAACUCCCAGAAGUCUUUGAGGGUCAGAAGCAGGAUAAGGAAGUGGUGGAUGCUGAAGAUGAGAAGCAGGAGAGCAGUGCCAGAGACGGGGCUCUGAAGAUCACACUGCACGUCCUGAGGAAAAUGAACCAGAUGAAGCUGGCUGACACACUGGAGAAAAAUUCAGAUGAUCCUGCUGUGAUUUGCCAACGUGAACUCAAAUCUAAUCUAAAGAAGAAUUUUCAAUGUGUAUUUGAGGGGAUCGCUAAACAAGGAAACCCAACACUUCUCAAUAAGAUCUACACAGAGCUCUACAUCACAGAGGGUGGAACAGGAGAGGUCAAUAAUGAACAUGAGCUGAGACAGAUUGAGACAACAACCAGGAAACAAGCAAGACCAGAGACUGCAAUCAAAUGUAAUGACAUCUUCAAACCCUUAACUGGACAACACAAACUUAUCAGAACUGUGCUGACAAAGGGAGUCGCUGGCAUUGGAAAAACAGUCUCUGUGCAGAAGUUCAUUCUGGACUGGGCUGAAGGAAAAGCAAAUCAGGAUGUCCAAUUUGUAUUUUCAUUCCCUUUUCGGGAGCUGAAUUUGAUGAAAGAGCACAAACACACUUUCAUUGAACUUCUUAAUCACUUCUCAAUGGAAACCAAAAAAUCAAGAAUCUCAAACUUCGACAAGUACAAAGUUCUGUUCAUCUUUGAUGGUCUGGAUGAGUGCCGACUGCCCCUAGACUUCCAGAAGAACAGGAUCUGUUGUGACGUCACAGAGUCAACCUCAGUGGAUGUUCUGCUGACAAAUCUCAUCGAGGGAAAUCUGCUUCCCUCUGCUCUCCUCUGGAUAACUUCCCGACCUGCAGCAGCCAAUAAGAUCCCUUCAGGGUGUGUUGACCAGGUGACAGAGGUACGAGGGUUCAAUGACCCACAGAAGGAGGAGUACUUCAGGAAGAGAUUCAGUGAUGAGGACCUGGCCAGCAGAAUAAUCUCACACAUAAAGACAUCAAGGAGCCUUCACAUCAUGUGCCACAUUCCAGUCUUCUGUUGGAUUUCUGCAACAGUCCUUGAACACAUGCUGGACCAUAAGAGAGAAGAGAUACCCAAGACUCUGACUGAGAUGUACACACACCUUGUGGUGUUUCACACCAAACAGAAGAAUGAAAAGUAUCUUGGGAAAGAAGAGACAGGUCCACACUGGAACAAAGAGAGCAUUCUGUCACUGGGAAAAGUGGCUUUUCAUCAGCUUGUGAAUGGCAAUCUGAUAUUCUAUGAAGAAGACCUGAAAGAGGCUGGCAUUGAUGUCAAUGAAGCCUCAGUGUACUCAGGAUUGUGCACACAGCUCUUUAAAGAGGAAUGUGGGCUGUACCAGGACAAGGUGUACUGCUUUGUACAUCUGAGCAUUCAGGAGUUUCUAGCUGCUGUAUAUGUGUUCCUCUCAUUCAUCAACAACAAUGAGAAUCUAAUUGACAACCUGCAAACAAACAACAAGUCUGAAGUUACUUUCUAUAAGAGUGCUGUGGAUAAAGCCUUACAAAGUGAGACGGGAAACCUGGACCUUUUCCUUCGCUUCCUUCUGGGCCUCUCACUGGAGUCUAAUCAGAAGUACUUACAAGGUCUACUGACAAAGACAAGAAGCAGCUCACAGAGCCAUGAAAUAACAGUGAAGUACAUCAAGGAGAAGAUCAGGAAGAAUCCCUCUCCAGAGAGGAGCAUCAAUCUGUUCCACUGUCUGAAUGAACUGAAUGAACAUUCUCUAGUGGAGGAGAUCCAAAGCUACCUGACCUCAGGAAGUCUUUCAAAACCCAAACUGUCACCUGCACAGUGGUCAGCUCUGGUCUUUGUUUUGCUGACUUCAGAAAAGGAGUUGGAUGUGUUUGACCUAAAGAAAUACUCCAGAUCAGAGGAAGGUCUUCUGAGGCUGCUGCCAGUGGUCAAAGCCUCCAGAGCUGUUCUGAUGUCAGGCUGUGGAGUCACAGAGGAAGGCUGUGCUUCUCUGGUCUCAGCUCUGAGGUCAAACCCCUCACACCUGAGAGAGCUGGAUCUGAGUAACAAUGACCUGAAGGAUUCAGGAGUAAAGCUACUCUCUGAUGGACUGGGGAAUCCCCACUGUAACCUAGACACUCUGAGGCUGUCAGGAUGUGGAGUCACAGAGGAAGGCUGUGCUUCUAUGGUCUCAGCUCUGAGGUCAAACCCCUCACACCUGAGAGAGCUGGAUCUGAGUAACAAUGACCUGAAGGAUUCAGGAGUGGAGCUGUUCUCUGCUGGACUGGGGGAUCCCCACUGUAAACUGGAGACUCUGAGGCUGUCAGGCUGUCUAGUCACAGAGGAAGGCUGUGCUUCUCUGGUCUCAGCUCUGAAGUCAAACCCCUCACAACUGAGAGAGCUGGACCUGAGCUACAAUCACCCAGGAGACUCAGCAGUCAGACUGCUCUCUGCUGGACUGGAGUAUCCACACUGCAGACUGGAGAAACUCAAUGUGGAUCAUGGUGGAGAGUACACAAUGAAACCUGGGCUUAGAAAAUAUGUCUGUGAUCUCACACUGGACCUAAACACAGCAAACAAACUCCUCUCUCUGUCUGAGGAGAACAGAAAGGUGACAUGUAGGAGAGAGAAGAAGCCGUAUCCUGAUCACCCAGAGAGAUUUGAGGACUGUGGACAGGUGAUGUGUAGAGAGGGUCUGACUGGGCGCUGUUACUGGGAGGUAGAGUGGAGUGGGAGUUUGGUUGAUAUAGGAGUGACAUAUAAAGGAAUCAGCAGGAGAGGAAUGGUUAAGGACUGUUGGCUUGGAUACAAUGACAAGUCCUGGAGUCUGAUCUGCUCUGACAACAUUUACUCUGCCUGGCACAAUAAUAAUCCCACUACCAUAGACGUCCCCUCCUCCAGCUCCCACAGAGUAGGAGUGUAUCUGGACUGGCCAGCCGGCACUCUGUCCUUCUAUAGAGCCUCCUCUGACACACUGACCCACAUGUACACAUUCACCUCCACAUUCACUGAGCCUCUCUAUCCAGGGUUUGGGGUUUAUGAGGACUCCUCAGUGUCCCUGAAAAUAAUAACCUGACAC